GGGCGAAAACUAGUGCAACAAUAACUAUGUACAUAUUUUAGACCUACAUAUACACCUCGCAAUUCCUUUCCGAAUUCCCAUUUGUACCCACUCUCUUUCUAUCCAGUUUGGUGUCUGUGUCGCUUAUUAUUGUUGUUUCGCUUGUCUCGCGAUUAGAAUUAAUUGACAAAUGGCAGCAACAAAACACAUUGUAUUCGGGUUCUUUUUUGCGGUGCCCAUACUUUCUGCUGGCAGAAAAGUAGUAGUACUCUAGAUAGGAGAGAAUAGCGCACCACGCCAACUACAGAUCACCAGUACAGCGUCACAGGCAAGCUCGAAUAAGAGCAACAGGAUGCACGAACGAAGCGGCAAAGGGGAGACGGCGAGCAGCGUCACGAAAGAACAUGAAUAAGUCAUAACUAGUGUUGGCCUUUGCCGUUCUGCGAUUGGUUAGACAUAAAAACGGAGUAUGUACGAAAUGAAAGAAAAUAUUAAACGCGGUUCAACGACCGCCGCCAUCUACAUACAUACAUAUGUAUGUAGUCCAUGUUUUUCGGUUCUCGGUUCUCGGAGAUAGAAAAGCAUAGCGGAGCAUAUAGCCAGACUUCUUACAUUAGCGCACCUGUCACACCAGUCUUUAUCGCCGGUUUUGGGGUUAUCUAGAAAAGGCAACAGGUAUGAAAUCAGCUGGUGCAACUAACGGUGUCCAUUACCCGGAAUAUUACAGCAAUACGCAAAUAACUGUGAAAAUCCAGCUAAAUGUCAUAUGUACGCCAGCUGAAGCGGCAGAAAAUGUCCCAGGGGAAGAAGUUCGGCGAUGGCGAUCCGUUCAACUACCAGGAGCUCAACAUCAUCGGCGAAGGUGCCUAUGGAACGGUUUACAGAGCCCGGGAUGUGGUCACCGGCAACAUAGUGGCGCUGAAGAAGGUGAGGAUAUCGCUGAACGAGAACGGAGUGCCCAUGUCCACGCUGCGCGAGAUCUCGCUGCUGAAGCAGCUGAAUGCCAGCAAUCAUGCGAAUAUUGUUAAACUGUACGAAGUAUGCCAGUUUCUGGAGCGCGACGGCCAACUGCUGAUUCUGCUGGUUUUCGAGCAUGUGGAGCAGGAUCUGUCGGAUCUUAUAGACAGACUUCCCAAAUCGGGCAUGUCGCCGCCCACAAUUCAGCGCUUGUCGAGGGAACUACUGACCGGUGUGGACUUCUUACACUCACACCGCAUCAUCCAUCGGGAUCUGAAGCCGCAGAACCUGCUGGUCUCCUCGCAGGGCCACCUCAAGAUCGCCGACUUUGGCCUGGCCAAGACCUACGGUUCGGAGAUGAAGCUCACCUCCGUGGUGGUCACCUUGUGGUACCGCGCACCCGAGGUUCUGCUCGCCCAGCCCUACAACAGCACCGUGGACAUCUGGAGCGCCGCCUGCAUCAUCUUCGAGAUGUUCAAUCGGCGCGCCCUGUUCCCGGGCACCUCCGAGAAGAAUCAGCUGGACCGCAUCUUUGAACUGACUGGCAGACCCACCGAGCAACAAUGGCCACAGACCAUUUCCGUGGCCCUGGAACACUUUCCCCAGCGGCAUCCAAAGAGACCAAAAGACUUUUGCCCACACCUGUGCAAGUACGCCGAUGAUCUGUUGAAUAAAAUGCUUUCCUACGACCUCCACUUGCGACCAUCCGCCUUGGCCUGUUUGGAGCACGACUACUUCCAGCAGGAACCCCUAUAGUCCCGAUGCCCAGAAUGGAUAAUGGAUAAUGGAUUAUGGGUGUGGAAGUGGACUGAUCAUUGCGGCCGCGCUUCGUUCUUGUUACAAUGUUCCUUUAAGUGUAGUGAAGCAUUUUGUUUAUUUUUUCGCGACAGUCCAGUUAUUGUGUCCGGAUACGGAUCCGGAAUAAAGAAUACCUUAAUAUGUUUGUAGUCGUAAGCUAAGUGUGAAUACUACUGCCGAUCAACUAUCUGAUGACCAUUACGUGUGAAACGAUUCUCGAGGGCGUUUUAAGGCCCUCCAAAUCGAAAUGUGAUACACAAAGUUCAGGAAUGCAUUAUACAAUUUCAAAAUUUUGUACAACAAUCAUUUAUAUAUGCAAUUAUAUAUACAGCAUACAAUAAGA